CAUUGACAUUUGAUUUGAUGUUUUGACUUUUGUGUUGAAGAUUUUCCUUGCCGGCUGGUCACCAAAUACUUUACCAAUUUUUACAGUUAAUUGUUAUUAUUGUACUGUUUACAAGAUGAGUGAAAGUGAAAAAUACACGGAUGAUGAGAUUUGCGUGCGCCCUGCUAAGAAGGAAGAUAUGAAAGCCGUCGCUGAAAUGAUACAAGAACUUGCAGAUUUUGAGAAGAUGCCAGAUGGUCCAAAGAUGAGUUUGAAAGAGCUGGAGCGCGACGGGUUCGAGCUGCAGCCGCCGGCGUUCCGCUGCUGCGUGGCGGAGCUGGCGGCGGGAUCGGGGGGCGCGAGGGCGGGCGCGGGGGGCGGCGUGCUGGCGGGGUACGUGCUGUACUUCCCCACGUACUCGACGUGGGAGGGGCGCGCGCUGCUGCUGGAGGACCUGUACGUGCGGCCCGCGCAGCGCCGCCGCGGCGUCGGCGAGCGACUCUUCAACCACGUCGCUAAGGAGGCGGCGCGGUCCGGCUGCUCGCGCCUCGACUUCCACGUGCUGGAGUGGAACCCCGCCACAGACUUCUACCAACGAAAAGGAGCCGAGAACCUGACGGCCAAGGAGCAGUGGUGCUACUACCGGCUGAGCGGAGCCGCCCUCGCCGCCGCCGCCGCGGGGGCGCCCGGGGUUGGGGCGCCGGGACUCCACGCGUGACCGACUGGUCAGUUCAUCCUUCACACACCUCAAGGAAUGUAAAAUAAAAACCCUUAGUCAGACAGUGCUCAAAUUUAUUUUAUAAUAUUGUCUUACAGGUAAUAUUUGAACAAAUUUUGAGAGUUGCAUUUGAUACUGCUGUGAUAAAUCUUACAAGUUUUAUAACAUUGUUGAUAAACAUAAUGAUUUUAAUUUAUUCUAUUACAUAUUUACAGCGUUAA